AUGUGUCCACCAGGAGUUGACCAAACCACUCGAACUCCACAGCAAUGGCACAUCCUUCUGCCCUUACUUCACAGGCGGCAAGCAUUGGUGGCACUCAACAAGGGUCCUUUUCACCGUCACGGCACACCCAAAGACUAUGUCGAGAGCGAUUUGGGCUUCGACGCUUUCAACAAGCUUGCUCCUUUCGAUAACGAGGUCACCAGCGCAAAGGCCUCUGCUGCUCUGAACACUGUCACUGUCCGCUCGCCGUCCACGUUCAAGCUGUCACCGCUCGAAAGUCUGCCAGCUGAGCUUCUUGCCAACAUCCUGGCUGAUAGUGAGCUGGGCCCAUACGACGUCCUAGCUCUCGGGGUAUGCUCUUCGACUCUUUGGUCACACGUACUCUUCCAUGUUCAGCAGGUCCGCCACCGCACUGCGGUGCCUUUCGCAAACACUCCGUUUCUGUGUAGCGGUACCUGGUUGACGGAGCUGCCUCCGGCGCUCUACGAGCUCUUCCCACGGGAAACCUCUGUUGAAAAGGUGUACAGACUUCGUACACGUCGCUGGUUUGGGCCCUGCCCAGCAAGGCGCUGGAACUGGGGUGCGGUCAGCAGUUAUGGAGCCGUCCAGGCCGAUGAUCCGCGUUCGGUGUGGAUGACCGCUUUCGAGGCUCUGGCGGUGGAUAACCUCGACGUGUUCUGUCAGUACGGGCUGCGGCGGAGCUUGGAAGCGUUGUUCGAGCCUGCGGACAUACGCCAGGAGAAGGACUGGGUCUUGCGUGAUCUGACGGCGAAGGAAUCUGUACGUCUUGAGCUUGCUGGCUCCGCCGGAAGUCAAGGCGUCAAGGUUCACGUGGAAAAAGUGCCGUCGCUUUCGCUCGACAAUGCGCUCAUGCUGCGGAUCUGCAGGGGAGGGGCCGCGGGCCCUGGCUGGAGUGGUGAAUCUCAGAAGUACCGAGAUUUGGUAAGUGGGAAGUGGGCUGGGCAUUGCUUUGAUGUUGUCCAGAGGGAUGAUGAGAGCCUAGAAAGUGCUGGUUAUGAAGAUGUCACGGAGCAGAUCGCCAAGGAGGGCAGCGCUUGGGAGGGAAUCGGAGGAAUGGAGGCAAAGGAUUGGACGAAGGACAUGAGAAUCCGGUACUUCAACAUGCGACUGACCAAGGCUUCUGAAACGUUUGAUAGCGUGGCUGUCGUCUUCGUCCUAGCGUUGAGGCAGUUCGUCCCAGCUCAAGCCUAUGCGAUACUCAUCUUCCUUGAGACCCACCAAGAAUGGAAGCGCAGAGUCGUCAAGAAUCGGUACCUUGCAGCACCAGCUUCCUCUUGGUAA